CUAUAGUGGGGUUUAAUGGGCUUUUCCCCCUUCUUCCUUGAGCCCUCAUAGAUCAAACUAUCAAAUCAAAUUAUUCUUUGUUUCAAGAAAAAAAAAAAAAUCAUUAUUUUCACCCUUUUGUUGCGAAAAUCAGCAGGCGCAUUCACAGAAACAUGUCUUCUUCGAGCAGCGGCCUAACGUUCAAGCUCCAUCCGCUCGUCAUUGUCAACAUCUCCGAUCACUACACUCGGGUCAAGUCCCAGUCCCUUCCGCCUCCGGAUGCCCGCAACGGCGGCGAAAAUUCGGUGGUCUCUCUUCCGUCGCCGCCGCGCGUGUACGGAUGCGUCAUCGGUGUCCAGCGCGGCCGCAUCGUGGAGAUCUUCAACAGCUUCGAGCUUCUCUACGACGCCUCCACUCACUCACUCGACCGAGCUUUUCUCGAGAAGAAGCAAGAGCUUUAUAAGAAGGUGUUUCCGAAUUUUUACAUCCUGGGAUGGUAUUCAACCGGGAGCGAGGCGCUAGAGUCCGAUAUGAUUAUUCACAAAGCUCUGAUGGAUAUCAACGAGAGCCCUGUUUAUGUUCUUCUCAAUCCUUCCAUUAAUCCUGCACAGAAAGAUCUGCCCCUUACAAUAUAUGAAAGUGAGUUGCACGUUAUUGAUAGCAUCCCCCAGCUUAUUUUUGUUCGAUCAAGUUAUACCAUAGAGACAGUGGAAGCUGAAAGAAUAUCUGUUGAUCAUGUCGCCCAUCUUAAGCCAUCUGAUGGGGGUUCAGCUGCAACUCAAUUGGCUGCUCACCUUACUGGCAUACACAGUGCAAUUAAGAUGCUGAAUAGUAGGAUCAGGGUGCUUCAUCACUAUCUUCUUGCCAUGCAGAAAGGUCAAAUGCCAUGUGACAAUUCUUUAUUGAGGCAAGUGUCUAGUCUCUUGAGAAGACUACCAGCCAUCGAAUCUGACAAAUUCCAAGAUGAUUUCUUGAUGGAAUAUAAUGAUACACUGCUGAUAACGUAUCUGGCAAUGUUCACCAACUGUUCAAGCACGAUGAACGAGCUGGUCGACAAAUUUAAUACUGCUUACGACAGGCAUAGUCGAAGGGGUGGCCGGACCUCCUUUAUCUAAGAAGUUUGUUCAUAUUCAUCUUCUCGGUUGCCAAAUUUUCCCUGAGGAAGGCCACUUAUGUUUAAAUCCAGGAAUUAGUUGUGAGCAGAGCAAAAUUGAUUUGAGUAGGAGGGUAGUCCAACUGUUGAGGGGCAAACUAGUACAAUCACUUACCUUGGCACUAGCAGAGUUCUGAUGAAUUGUGUCAAAAGGAUUUUAAAUUGGUGUGUUGGUGUGAUUGUGCAUCAGUUUUUACUGUGCAUUCCUGUUGGUAUGAAAUGUCACUAUGUUCUCCAGAAAAACCUUACUUUCCUCGGAGGUUGACGUUUUUUUCUCCUUCUCCCAAUUUGGGUAUACAUUAUUAGCUUAAAACGCGUUGAGAAGUUGGAUAGGCAUAUUUUAGUUGAAUUGGCAAGUAGAUUUAUGAUUUGUCGAUUAUAUUGUGGCUAUUCAUUAGUUUUUCCAUAUUUGGGCAAAGUUUUUAUAUUCUCUCAGUAGCAAUAAAACUGAGUACUGAC